AUGCUAGCCGCUCUUGCUGCCUCUGAACGUGCCAUCGAAAUCAGUGGUCCCGGAGAUGCCUUUGAUCUUCACGAGGAGGAAGGGGAGAGCAGUAAUGGUGGCGAUGGCGACCAUUCCAAACGAGCUCUCACCUCUGCGUGGCACCCUGUAACUUUCAACCUCUACUACGAGUUGGCACAGUUUGUGGCUUUUUUCCAGCGUGUGUCCGAGACAAUUUCGGACGAGGAAGAGGAGGCAGUGGAAGAAAAUGGGACAAAACCCGACCUGUCACAAUGUUCCCAUGCCGACGUUUGUCAGCGUUGUGACAGUCAAGGUCGUCAUGUGUCAACUACCGUUGGGUGUGAGUCGAAGAAACACAACAUUUGGAUUGUGAAACCCUGGAACCUGGGUCGUGGUCUAGGCAUCUGCAUUUCCGAUAACCUCGACCAAAUUCUCCGACUCAAUGAAUGCGGCCCAAUGAUUGCAAGUCGAUACAUCACCGAUCCAGUGCUCUUCUACCGGGAGGACAUCUCCAGUUGGGUGAAAUUCGAUUUGCGUUAUGUAGUCUUCCUCAAGUCCGUCCAACCUCUCCAACUCUACACGCACAAGGUCUUUUGGUUGCGAUUUGCCAAUAAACAAUUUUCGUUGGACCAUUUCGACGACUACACAAAGCACUUUACCGUGAUGAACUAUCGUGAAAGUGAUGAACUUUUGCAGAUUCACCACACUGAUUUCAUUCAGGCCCUUGGAAAGCAGUAUCCCAAUCUCCGGUGGAAGGAUAUUGAGUCGAAAAUUCACAAAAUGUUGGCAGACGUCUUCAAGACAGCCACGGCCUAUCCACCGCCUCGAGGCUUGGGUGCCUACGGCAAGUCACGUGCAAUGUAUGCUGUGGAUUUACUUUUGGAAUGGCAACAACAUCACCGAGAGGCCGCGUUUUGCGGCUUUUGUGUAGAACCACAGAUCUGUGAGGUAAACUUCACUCCCGACUGCACACGAGCCUGCCAAUACUACCCCAAUUUUUACAACGAAGUCUUUGAUUUCCUCUUCCUGGAUCGGAAUUCUGAGGAUAUUGUGCAACUUGUUUAG